CCCGCCGCCGCUGCCCCCGCCGCUUGCCGCCGGGCCUCCACAUGGCUCCAGGGCGCCGCGCAACGCGGGCUCCCGGUCGCCUGCCGCCGCCGGGCCGCCCUGCCCGCCGCCGGGCCCCAGCAGGUUACGUCUUUUCAAGGAGUGGCUGUUCGCAGUCUCAGCACAUCCCCCCCUCACGAACACCCAGAACACGGAAGAUUAGUUUAUAAAGGAAAUUUGGCAAAGACAGUGUUAGGUGUGAGGUUUUUCUCUUACUCCACCAGCAUAUUCAACCUGUUCAUGAUGCCCUACAUCAUGCUCAAAAGUGGUAUUGGAGUGGAAAGUCUGCUUAUGCAAGCUGCCUUUUAUGGGGUGAUCGGUUUUUUUACGUUUGUAACUCCAGUAACUUUGCAUGUCCUUACAAAAGGUUAUGUGAUCCGACUCUAUUACAAAGAUGAAAAGGACACCUAUACAGCCAUUACCUACAAUGCCAUCUUGGCAGAAAAAGCAACUGUUUUCCAUCAGAAAGAUGUAAAGAUUCCAGACAUCACCAAGAUGUUUACAACAUUUUAUGCAAAAACAAAAUCAAUGCUUGUUAAUCCGACACUUUUUCCAAAUCCUCAGGACUAUAACCAUCUCAUGGGCUAUGACAAAUCCCCGAUUUUUAAGUUAGAGGAGUUAAAGGAAACUGAUGAAAGGAAAUAAUUUGAAGAUAAUGAAUGUCAGUGUCAUUGUUCUUAAUGCAGUGCUGUGUAUGUAAAAGAAUAUAAAAUUCCAUUAUACUUUCUUAAGUCAGGUAGCUGGAGUUUUCCAAAUGCAUUUUGGAAUGUAUUAAAAAGACCCUUUUUUUUUUAAUAUUUUGAACAGUGUGACGGUUUCUUCAGAGUUAAUGACAUAAAAUAUAGUAAAAAAAGGUGCUUAGAUCUGUCUUGCA